AUGCCCGAAUACCAAGUCCGCCAGCUCGCGCUCAAACUCUUCAGCCGCCAGCGCGCCGAGCUCACCUACUGCCACAACAUGCGUCUCCGCCUCACCGGCCAGAUCGCCGCCUACGAGACCGACGCUGCGGACUCCGAGCUCGCGCGCAACUACCUUCUGCUCCGGACCCCCGAUGUCAUGAUGAACUCGGUCUUGAAGACCCUCAUCCGGGAGGAGAAGAAGGAGGCAGAGAAUAAGUUGCGCAUCUUGCGCGGCGAUCUGGCGCAUGUGGAGAGGCAUAUUGUGGAUUUUGAGGUCUAUUUGGGGAGGUUGAAGGAGGAGCUGGAGGCGCUAUAUGGGGAUCUGGAGGUGGAGGGAGAGGACGAGAAUGAGCAGGAGGAGAGUGAAGAGGAGGAGGAUGAGGACGAAGAGUGA